AUGGUGUGGAUGUCAGAAGAUCUGGAUGAAACGCCCCUGGCAAGGAUCACCAUGUCAGGAACAGCAUACGACGGAGCUUUCUACGUUGGUAUAUCUUCGCUCCAAGAGCUUGUGGAGGCAGCCUGUUGCACAUUCCAAGGAAGCUUUCAGAAACUCGACCUCAAAACUGGAAAACGAAUAUGGAGAACUUCCAUGGUUCCUGAAAACUCCAGUUUCUACGGUGUUACAGUAUGGGGAAGCAGUCCUUCCAUCGAUCCCAAGCGAGGACUCGCCUUCAUUGGCACUGGAAACCUCUACCAGAUCCCGAGCGACGUCCAGGACUGCCUCAACAGAAACGCCAACUCGAGCGACUGCUAUCCUCGCGGCGUCUGUGAUGACGCCGUUGUAGCCGUGAACAUGGCCGACGGUGAGAUACGCUGGUGUAACAGGCUCGGAGGAAACGACGUAUGGAGGCUUGCUUGUGACACAAAUCCACCACCAGCAAACUGUCCACCUGAGCCUGGGCCGGACUACGACUUUGGAGAGUCGCCGAUGCUCCUCACGAUCCCAAGCCGUUUCUCCAAGAACAAGUUCCAAGAUAUUCUCGUCACCGGUCAGAAGAGCGGCAUUGUUUGGGCUCACGAUCGAGACGACGGCAGCCUUGUCUGGGAAACGGUAACUCGAGCUCCUGUUGAUAUCUAGCUUGUCCUUCCUGGUCACCUUUUGUUUUCCUCCUGUUUUGUGAAGACUGCCGGACCUGGUGGCUCUGUAGGUGGAGCGAUCUGGGGAGCCGCCACUGACAACCAUCGAGUAUACACCAACAUCGCAAACUCUGACCGUGCUAC